CCGAAGUUUCUGUCUCGGUUGGGACGCCUCCGCGGCCGGGGGCAAAGAAAGGGAGGAAGGAAGGAGCUCGCGGAGGGGAGGGGAGGAGGCCUCGGGCAAGGAGCGCAGGGCGAUGCGGGCGCGCGUCGCGGCCCCCAGAACCUGAGCGCAGCGCCCCAGCGUCGAACGAGGCCGCAGCCAUGGAGCCCGCGCAACAGCCGCCGCCCCAGCCGGCCCCGCAAGGACCGGCGCCGCCGUCCGUGUCUCCGGCCGGGACCCCCGCGGCCCCGCCCGCACCCCCGGCCGGCCACCAGGUCGUGCACGUCCGCGGGGACUCGGAGACCGACUUGGAGGCGCUCUUCAACGCCGUCAUGAACCCCAAGACGGCCAACGUGCCUCAGACCGUGCCCAUGCGGCUUCGCAAGCUGCCCGACUCCUUCUUUAAGCCGCCUGAGCCCAAGUCCCACUCGCGACAGGCCAGUACGGAUGCGGGCACCGCCGGAGCUCUGACUCCACAGCACGUCCGAGCUCACUCCUCUCCAGCGUCCCUGCAGCUGGGGGCCGUGUCUCCUGGGACACUCACGGCCAGUGGUGUAGUCUCUGGCCCUGCCGCCUCCCCUGCAGCUCAGCAUCUCCGCCAGUCCUCUUUUGAGAUCCCUGAUGAUGUACCACUGCCAGCAGGCUGGGAGAUGGCCAAGACGUCUUCUGGUCAGAGAUACUUCUUAAAUCACAACGAUCAGACGACGACGUGGCAGGACCCGCGCAAGGCCAUGCUCUCCCAGCUGAACGUCCCUGCGCCUGCCAGCCCAGCGGUGCCCCAGACACUCCUGACUUCUGCCUCAGGCCCUCUUCCUGACGGAUGGGAGCAGGCCAUGACUCAGGACGGAGAAGUUUACUACAUAAACCAUAAGAACAAGACCACGUCCUGGCUGGACCCACGGCUCGACCCUCGCUUUGCCAUGAACCAGAGGAUCACUCAGAGUGCUCCGGUGAAGCAGCCGCCACCUUUGGCCCCCCAGAGUCCACAGGGAGGCGUCCUGGGUGGAGGCAGUUCCAACCAGCAGCAGCAGAUACAGCUGCAGCAGUUACAGAUGGAGAAGGAGAGACUGCGUUUGAAACAGCAGGAAUUAUUUCGGCAGGCAAUACGGAAUAUCAAUCCCAGCACAGCAAAUGCUCCAAAAUGUCAGGAAUUAGCUCUCCGCAGCCAGUUGCCCACACUGGAGCAGGAUGGAGGAACUCAGAAUGCAGUGUCUUCUCCGGGGAUGUCUCAGGAAUUGAGGACAAUGACAACCAAUAGUUCAGACCCCUUUCUUAACAGUGGCACCUAUCACUCCAGGGACGAGAGCACAGACAGCGGCCUCAGCAUGAGCAGCUACAGCAUUCCCCGGACCCCAGAUGACUUCCUCAACAGCGUGGACGAAAUGGACACCGGAGACACCAUCAGCCAAAACACCCUGCCGUCACAGCAGAGCCGCUUCCCCGAUUACCUGGAAGCCCUCCCUGGGACAAAUGUGGACCUAGGCACCCUGGAAGGAGAUGCAAUGAACAUAGAAGGGGAGGAGCUGAUGCCCAGUCUGCAGGAAGCACUGAGUUCCGAAAUCUUGGACGUGGAGUCUGUGUUGGCUGCCACCAAGCUAGAUAAAGAAAGCUUUCUCACGUGGUUAUAGAGCUGCCGGGAGCCACUCUGAGUCUGUGAAGGAUCCACAGAACCUAAGAUGUGCACGCCUGCCCGAAAUUCCUAUAAGCCAGUGGGGGUUCUCUGGCUAACACAGAAAACAUGAACCAGUGUCCAGCAGGGAUCAUCCAUCAUCGCUCCCCGCUCUCUGCCCGUCGCUGCUCUUACAUUGCUGACCUCUUCAUGGCCGGCCCUAAAGAACCAGAACCACAAGCAGAACCCUUUGUUAACUUUGCUAUGAUAACUACCGUUCUCUGGGAUUGCCGGGGGAUAGCCUUCUGGAUAAUGGAUGCUCUGCCUUUUGUCCAAUGGUCUUUCACCCAUCAUUUUAACUGAACACAAACUGGGAACUGAAAUGCAUUAGAGCAUUUGUUCAAGAGGUGGUUUCUUCAGCUGCCUUUGGCCCUUGGGUCCAACAAGCCAAAAGCAUUGCGUCUGAUCUCACAGAAGAUGGAGAAGACCCAUGCUGGAGACUGAUGGACUUUCCAUUUCUUCUUUUAGUGGUAGCAUUAGGCGCAUAGUGACCUGGAUUUUAUCUUAGAAGCUUAUGAGGCAUGAGACAGUUUCCAUAGAAAUAUAUUAAUUAUUACCACGUACUCUAGAUUAGGUUUGAAUGGAUAUUUUCUGGGGGUGUUUUGGUUGGUUUUUCUUUUCCUUCUUUUUCUUUUUCUUUUUUCUUUCUUUCUUUUUUUUGUGGUUGGUUUUGGUGAAAUGUAGGCAAAUUAAUGAAGUCGUUAUAGCUGUAGCUUGGGGUGGGCAAUACCAUUGUUCUGGUAGGAAAUCUGUAUUUCUUGCCUUUCAACAUCCUAUUUAAAUCUUGGUUCUCUCCUCUACAUAUGUACACAGUCUUAUAAUGUCUAUGGUAGUGCGAGAGCAGAAUGUAUCUUUAUAAACGUUUCCUUCCUUUCCAGCUUAUUUUUUAAAUGGUAGUCUUGAACAUACAAAUUUAGACACAGUAGUUUAUAUUUCAUAAAUAGUUUAAGUUCUGGUUGGAGCAAUCUGCAGGUGUUGGAGGGAGGGAGGAAGGGAGGGAGGGAGGGCGGGCAGUAGGGCAGUGUUGCAGAAAGGGCUCUUGUGGGUAAAGCCAAGAGGUGCUCUCUUGCCCUCUGUGCUCUGUGGUGAAGACGGACACCAACAGUGGCUUCACUCCCCUUGGCCUGACUCACGCUGUGCAGUCUCUGAGCGCUAGGCCCUCCUUGUGCCUCCACCUCAGCUUUGGGUGUACACUCGGCUACUGUGAGGCAGGUUGAGUGCUCCCUACAAGGUCGCUCUUAGGAAAGCUGCGUAUGUGUCUGCUGAGUGGGCCAUGGGGGGCGCGCAGAGUCUGUCUGUGAGGUCACGGGUUGGCCGGUAAGUGUGUGUGGGGGGUAGUUGAACUUAGCUAAGCAUGAUAAUGGCUUUUUUACAAGAAGAUUACUAGAGUAUGUGUUUCCAGGAGUAAUAAUGGUUUCCAAAGAGUAUUUUUUUUUAAAGAACAGGAUAGGCAUGAAUGAACUCUGCGUAUAAGCUAUGGAGUAACGGUUGAUUAUGAAUUGUAGUGGCGCCAGCCAGCACCUCUGUCGUCUGAGGGUUUUUGAGUGCUUCUAGAAGAAUCCCUUAUUUUCAAGGGUUCAUAAUGAACAACAACAACAAAUCUUCCCCUCUCCCCCCAGCUAAAGCUGCUACUAUGAAAGUCCUCCACUUAGGAAGAUAGACAUCUAAGUAUCUGGCCCUUUGAUUUAGUAUAGUACAAACAUGAAGUAGAAAAGUUUUCCUCAGUACUUUGAGUGCUCAAAAACUACAAUCAGUGUAUUAUAUAUGAUUCGUAGGUCAGUCAUUUGAGGCCAUCAGCUCUAAGGCUUUUAAUUAGAAACUAGUUGAAGACUCGCCCUUGAAUUAUUAAGUGUGGGGAAAUGGCUACCCGGAGGACACAUUGACUUUAGAACAGAGAUGAACUUCUACUCUAAUUGAAAAGUGAGCAGACGGGUGGUCCACAACUGUGUGUUGGGAGUGGACAGGUGACGGGUGUGCCGAGUGCCUGUGAUUUGCCAGUAAGCUGCAGAUAAAGGGCUGCGUCUUCUGUGGGCAGACUAGCUUUAGUGUGGAGGGGGAGGGCGGGUGGGCGUGGGCCGUGAUGGAAAAGCUUUUAUGAACUUGUUUCUCUUCAGUAAAGACUUACCUUGCUCUCAGUAGGAAAGUUGUUCCUGAGUUUCCAGCUGCUUAACCUCCCCGACAAAGUGAGACGUGCCGCCUUCCUUAUCUGCGGGCGGGCGGCAUGGCGUGUGUCUGGUUAUACCUCAGUGUCCUGCAGCCCCUGUGCUCUCUGACCUUAUCAACCCCUCCGUGCUGACCGUGGGAGAUUUGAGCACCCUUCCUCUCACUAAAUUUGAAUCACGGCCUCAAUGUAGUCUUUCUUGUUGUGUCCAACAGUGUUUAAUGCUUCCUGGCUGUAGUGGGUAGCAUGCAGAUAAGAAUUUAACUGGUUAUCCUUGAAUUUCUUUUACAAUAAACCAAUUUUUAUAAUCUUAAAAUGUA